AUGCCCUGCCCUGUGAAUGCGCGUGAUAAUACAGCUUCGCGCCCGUCCGCCGGCCCCGGCUGAUAGAUCUACCAAAAAGAUGGCCGUUCAGCAUACUGUCGGUCAUCUUCUCGGGCGGGUCAGCAUCCCUUACGGUCUUCUGCUGCCGCUGGGCGAGGUAUCGCGGGUCGAGCUUCGUGACUAGUGGCAGCUCAUUUCGCGCACCUCGUCCACCAGCCAGCAAAGCGUCUCGAGGAGUGAUUGCGCUCUGUGCAUCGCCAAAAUCGCGCGCCGCGUGGUAAUUAGCCGCGCAUAAACAUGUAAUACGGUAUGAUUUAUCCUAGAAAGGAGACCAUAGAUCCCGUACUAGAGCUC